UUUUUUUUUUUUUUUUUUUUUUUUUUGGCACUGCUAUUAGUCACCCCUGCACUCACCAGACGGUUUUCCGUCCGUCUGCCUCCACCACUGCUCAGUGUUUGUGAGUGUUUCUGAUGGCUGUCAGCAUGACCAUGGGACGGGACACCAAAUGGCUGACCCUGGAAGUGUGUCGUGAGUUUCAGAGAGGCACCUGCUCACGUUCUGAUGCCGAGUGCAAGUUUGCUCACCCCUCCCGGAGCUGCCAUGUGGAAAAUGGCCGAGUCAUUGCCUGCUUUGACUCACUCAAGGGGCGCUGUGCACGUGAAAACUGUAAAUACCUGCACCCACCUCCACACCUGAAAACCCAGCUGGAGAUUAACGGGAGGAACAACCUGAUCCAGCAGAAGGCAGCAGCAGCCAUGUUGGCUCAACAGAUGCACUUUAUGCUACCUGGAGCACAGCUGCAACCCAUAACAACAUUUUCAGCGACGCCCUCCCUGGCAACAAGUCCCAAUAUGGUGUUCAGUCCAUAUCUGAGCCACAUGGGCCCAGGCAUGGGCUUGAUGCCUGAGCUGCUGCCCAGUACUCCCCUGCUGGUUCCUGGGAGUCCCACUGGCCUGGCAGCCCUGGGUAAUGGCACAUCUGCACAAAAGCAUGUGCGCACAGAUAAGCUGGAGGUUUGUCGAGAGUUCCAGCGUGGUAACUGCACGCGGGGUGAGAGCGACUGUCGCUACGCUCACCCCCUGGAGGCCAGCAUGGUGGAUUGCAGUGAGAACUCGGUCAUUGUCUGCAUGGACUACAUCAAGGGCCGCUGCAGCCGAGACAAGUGCAAGUACUUCCAUCCCCCGGCUCACCUGCAGGCAAGGAUUAAGGCUGCACAGCACCAAGCCAUUCAAAACACAUCUUCUGCAACCUUGGCUCUGCCACAAGGGGCUGUGCAGCCGCUACCGAAGAGGCCGAUCUUAGAGAAGAGCAAUGGAGCUGCUGCCACUGUCUUCAACCCCAGCGUAUUCCACUACCAGCAAGCCCUGGCUAACAUGCAGCUCCAGCAACCAGCCUUCAUCCCCACUGGACACCACAGCUGGGAAUCAGCAUCUGCGCUGUAUGUGGUAAUGGACUCUACUGAAUGAUUAAAGGACAACCUGACCACACUGAUUAAUGUGUUUUAGCCAGUCAACUACAAUUAAUAUUACUGCCCAUUCAAUAUAAUAGACCUGAAGAAAGUUUGGGACUUUUGUCUAACAGUGACAGUGAAUGGCUGGUGUGUGUUUUAUUGUUUGAAAUGUUGGCAGAAAAUGCAGGGAACAAGGUGAAACAGUGAUGCCUGGCUGAACUCAACCUGAGGUCGUUGCAGUUAUGUUGUCAGUGCCCUAGACCCUUAAGCCAACAAGGCACUUUGAAAGAAUAGAAAAUGUUUUGAAAACUCUCCCUUAUGUAUCCAAAGAAGCUCUGACAUUGAAAUUUGGGUUUUGCUGCUGCUGAAAAAAAAAUCUGAAGCUUAGAAAAUUAAAAAUUGGUGGUUGCUUUUAUACCUCUGAUGUCUCCCUAAGGUCUUCUGAACAAAACAGUAAAAAAAAAAGCUUUAAAAGCAGUCCUUACCCACAAUUGCAACCAUAUGUGACAUGGUUGGUACUGUAAUGGAUAGUAAAGGUGACUAAAUGUCUUGGAUUACCUCUUUUUGACAAGCGCUAGGUUUCUGUGUGUUGAUUUUUAUACUGUCAGUUCAUUGGUGAACAAUAGUAUAAAACUGAAGACAUUUGCAGGCAAUUAGCUUAAAGUGGUCCUUCAGAGUUGUUAGUAGAGACUGUUUCCCCCAGAAAUCUUUUCUGGCACAGUGUAAAGAGGACGAUAGAGGUUUUGCAUGCACACGUUAAAAAUUUGGUUAUUUAUUUCUCACGCAACACCAGACUUUUGGUUGUUAAUUUCCAUGUAAAGGUCACGUAAAACAAGAAGAGUAUUUCAAAAUAUUUAUUGGGCACAAAUAACUGUCAAAGCUACUAGUUACUUCACAAUCAAAGAGGUUAGAACAAACAAUCUUUGUAG